AUGCGCACCUACCUGGAAAAUGUGGAUGUGGAUACACUUGUCAGCAGCAAAGUCUCUUGCCAAGACAAAGUUAAGAUGCUUGAGACUAUCGUGGAAAAAGCGUUAGCACAAGGAGACCAAGACCGUUAUCGGUUGUUUAGAAAUUGUGUUAACAGGGAGCGGAAGGUCUGUCGCGCCAAAUUUUACAACUCUAAAGUGGAAUGCCUCAAGGACUGUAAACCUGCUACUUGGUGGCGGGAGGUUAAGAAGCUUAGUGGAAUUUCUGCGCCUGCCGGUGGUAAUGGCAUUACAAACUUGCUUCAUCAUAUUGCUGAUGACUCCGUCGCUGAAUCCCAACAAGCAAAGUUAGUGCGUGUCGCGAAUACUAUCAACGAGGCAUUCCUUGAACCAAUUGGAGUAUUUUCACCCCUUCCACCCUCCGCACACGCACAUUUCCCUCCGGAUGUUGCACUCCAGAAGCUCUCUGCUUUAAAUCCACGCAAAGCAUCUGGCCCAGAUGGCAUCCCUGGUUGGGUUCUGAAUGAGAGUGCGGACUUACUGGCCACGUCGGUGACUGAUAUUCUUAAUUGCUUUUUUCGGGAGGCUCGACUCCCGCAGUCUUGGAAAGAUGCUAAUAUCACCCCGGUACCAAAACAGAAGCCCAUAAGUGACGUAAAUAAACAUCUUCGUCCGAUAUUCUUAACGCCCGUUCUCUCUAAAGUUGCGGAGGAUUAUGUUGUGGAGCACUUUGUUAAACCAGCAAUUUUAGCAAAGGUUGACCGGCGCCAAUUCGGAACUGUCCCUGGAUCAAACACAACGCAUGCUCUUAUUAGCAUGAUCCACUCAUGGCUAUCUGCUACUGACGGGAAUGGUGCGACAGUCAGAGCUAUCUUACUUGACUUUCGUAAAGCGUUCGACCUGAUUGACCAUCGGAUUCUUGUCGACAAGCUCCACGCCUAUGACAUCCCCCACUCGGUAAUCUCGUGGAUUGUUGAUUUUCUCUCCUGUCGCCGACAAAGGGUUAAGCUUGGCCAAGACUGCUUCUCGGAAUGGGGCGCAAUUUCAUCAGGCGUGAUUAAUGAUCUUGAUGCCCAAGGGGUCGACCUCUGGAAGUACGUAGAUGACACAACUCUGGCUGAGGUUGUCAACAAAGGAGAGGAAUGUACCGUCCAGCAUUCCCUUGACGAGUUGUCCUGCAAAGUAGCCACUGAUAGAUUCCAACUUAACGAAGCCAAGUGCAAGGAACUACGUAUUAGUUUUAAGAGAACAACCGGAAGUACAACAGCGAAGCAGAUAGUAGAGCAGUACAAUGAUGUAUGUAGUGGCGACUUAGGGACACUCGAAGGAAAGCAGCAUCUGGAUGUAGACCCGACAGUACCACCUAACAUUGCACCAUCAAGACGGGUACCUUUUGCGCUGAAGCCGCAGCUGGAAGCCGAGCUACAAAGACUGACGGACAUUGGUGUUAUAGUGCCUGUUGAUGAGCCAACGGACUAG